AGAGAAAUAAGAUCAAAGUUGAGUGAAACAGUACAAAUACAAUACAAACAAUACAAUACGGUCUUAUCUUAUGUUAAUGCUAUUUCACGAUAGCUUAUGGUUGUGGAGUUGUUGUAAGGUGUCUUCACACUGUUAAUUUGGUCGUUGCUAAGCUACCAAUACUCAAAUGCAAUAUUCGUUAGCCACGCAUGCAUAUUCAUCAUUCUCUGUCUUGUCUUCCCUUUAAACGUGCCCCUCCUUCUUCCUCGCUCUCCUCUCUCUCACAUCACCUGUGACAUCUCUGUUUCUUUCUUUCUUCUUCUUCUUCUUCUUCUUCAUUUGGAUUCGUUGUGUAUCUGGGUAUGUCACGUGAUCUUCAAAGUUUGUUGCUUUUCGUUUUUUCAUGUUUGCCCUUUUAAUUUCCCAGACUCUUCUGCAUCCCCAUUGCGAUUGUUAUCUCUUUUUGGCCCGUUUACUCUAUUGGGUCGGAAACAUUGAUUCAGGGGAAGAUCUCGAAAUGUUGGAAAAUUUCUAUUUUUUUUUUUCGUCUGAUGAAUAUAAUCUUUCAAUUUGUUAUGGCAAAGAAGACGUUUUUAGCUAUCAAUGAAAGUUUUUUUUUUUUUUUUUCUGAGAACUGUUAUUUUGGGUUGAAAGUGAAACUUUACUCUUCUUUGAAUGGAGAGGGAGAAAGAGAGUUGGAUCUGAUUGAGACGCUCAGAGAGUUUUUCUCUCUGUUCUUUUGUGCAAAAAAAGAAAGACUCCAUUUUUUUAUUUUUAUCUUUUUGCAGCAAAAGUAUUUUAUUUUAUUUUUUCUGAUUGGAAUUUGCUGUGAAGGGUGGAUUUUUCAUUUUCUGGUGUAGGUCAAUUUUCGGCCAAUUGUGUGUUUUUACCUCUUCCUCUUGGUGUCGGUAAAAUCCAAUACACGCAGCUCUGUUUUCGUGUUCUUGGGGUGCUUAUGUGUUUUAUCAUGUAAUGCUUGUUUCGGAAAUCGCUUAGGUUGGUGUUGUUUAUUGCUAUUUUAUGUGGAGGUUUGUCUGGUGUAGAUAACGAGUGUAGAUUGAGCAACCUAUGGAACCACUUGCUAUCAUUGCCAAUAUUCUAAGCAUGUUUCUCGAAUUCACAUCAAGCAGUCAUAUGAUGAAGACUGAAUAAGAGAUUCAAUUUUCUAUGAAGUCAAUCAAAUCAUGGAGGUGGCUGAUGAGAAAAAAGAGUGUCUUGCCUGAUGGGAAAAUCAAGUUUGAAGAUGAAACAGCUGCCUUUUAUGGCAGUUGCGUGUACAGUAAUGUUGUUUGUUUUGUAUAGGACUAUAAAGUAUCAAUAUUACCAAGAAGAGAUAGACAAAAAGUGGAGUACCCGGGGAGAAGAAAAGGCAUAUCCUGCAACUUCUGUGAAGUUGAAAGGCUUGCCACAAGGUAUAAUACACGCUACUUCAGAUUUCGAGUUAAGGCCUUUAUGGUUGCCAAGUAGUUCAAGGUCUAAGGAUAGUGUGUACUCCAAUCGUAACUUGCUGGCAGUUCCAGUUGGUAUUAAACAAAAGCAUAAUGUAGAUGCCAUGGUGCAAAAGUUUCUUACAGGAAAUUUUACAAUUAUUUUAUUCCAUUAUGAUGGAAAGGUGGAUGAAUGGGGAGACCUUAGUUGGAGUAGCAAGGCCAUACACAUAGCUGCUCAAAGCCAAACAAAGUGGUGGUUUGCAAAAAGAUUUCUACAUCCAGAUAUAGUUUCUAUUUAUGAUUAUAUCUUUCUCUGGGAUGAGGAUUUAGGGGUGGAGUAUUUUUCUCCGUCAAGAUACAUUGAAAUUGUAAAGGAAGAAGGAUUGGAGAUAUCUCAACCAGCUCUUGACCCAAACUCAACAGAGAUACAUCAUAGAAUUACAGUUAGAGCUAGGACCAAGAAAGUUCAUAGGAGAGUCUAUGAACUCAGAGGCAAUACUAGGUGUUCAGAUGCAAGUCAAGGGCCGCCAUGCACUGGGUUUGUGGAAGGUAUGGCUCCCGUUUUUUCUCGAUCUGCCUGGUAUUGUACUUGGCAUCUUAUACAGAAUGACCUUGUCCAUGGAUGGGGAAUGGAUAUGAAACUUGGAUAUUGUGCACAGGGAGAUCGCACUCAAAAUGUGGGAGUUGUUGAUAGUGAAUACGUUGUUCACAAGGGAAUACAAACUCUAGGUGGUAGCGAUCAUGAUACAACUAAAAGACAUGGUUCAGCAGCCUUUGAUGAACGAACUGAGAUAAGAAGGCAAUCAACAUGGGAACAUCAAAUCUUCAAAGAACGCUGGAAUCAAGCUAUUGCUGAGGACAGAAGCUGGGUUGAUCCUUUUAACAGUGAUCAAAGACGAAUAAGACGAAGGCACAACAGCCAACGGUUUUAACUAACCUGGUUUCAUAUGUUAUUAGCCCUGCUUCAUUCAUAUAAGCCAUUAGUCAUAUUUAUAGGCAUAUAAUUUCGUUCUUUUUUUAAUGUAGCUGAGUGAAUUCUCAAUUCAUUCAAUUUUGAAAGCUCACAUAUUUCUUUAUAUUCUUUUGUUCUUUCCUUUUGUCCGGAUUUUGUUCCUUGUCUUUUUUCCUCUAUACGAGUCCUCCAAUUUUGAUGUAAUUAUCAUAUAUGCAGCCUUAGUAUUACCAUUAGAGCUAAAUGAGCUUUCCAUUUUCUUAUUGUGCUUUUGGUUUUGGUGGUCUAUGUGUUAGUAUUUGGGUGUCCUAGAGACAAUCUUAUGAUUAAAUAAGGAUAGAGAUGUAGACCUUUUUAAUAU